AACUUAAACUCUUUCUCUCCUAGUGGAGCACAGGUCAUCCACAAAUCUUUUCCAGUGCUCGCUGAUUUGGGCCACUUUCUGCAGCUCCAUCUUUACUUCAUUUCCUUGGCCUCUAUGUCUUGUUGACCUCCUCCAGCUAUUUCCGGGUCUUCCUUGUUUUCCCUUUUGGGUUUCAUUAUAGAGCUUGUCUGGUUAAACUGAUUUUGGGCUGUGUCUGAUCCAACCCCACUUCCUUUUCCUCAUGUGGGUGUCUGUUCUCUCUUGGUUUGUUUCCUUCCAUACAUCUUUAUUUCUGAUGGUGUUUGGCCAAUGUAUCCUGCAGAUUUUUCUUGGGCACUUGAUGAUAAAGGUCUGGACUUUGUUGGUGGAGGAUUUUGUUAUUCUCCAUGUUUCUGAACCAUGGAGCAGCACUGAUUGAACAUUGGUGAGUUUGGUGAGAUGGGCCUCAGUGUAACAAAAGUUGCUGUAAACUUUCCAAAUUUGGCUUGAAUGUAUGCAUCCGUCCCUCCACCCUUGCCCAUAACACCUCUGAGUUAGGUGAAGUUGGUAACGUCUUCUAGCUCUGCCCAAGUCAGAUGGAGUCAUUGCUGGUGUUGUUAGUGUGCGUUACCCAGGUGUUGUCUAUGUUGAUGGUGAGGCCAUUCUUGGCAGAUGUUUUUGCGAGCAGGUUUGUCUUUGCUUGCAUUUGUGGGUGGAUCAUGUUAAGGCUGUGUCAUCUGCAAAGUCCAGAUCAUGUAGCUGGAACCACACCAUCCACUGUAUUCUCUUGAUCUUCUCAUGAUCCAGUCCAGUAAAAGGAGGAAGAGCAAGGCGGGCAGCAGGCAGUCUGUCUGAUGCCAGUGGCCAUGGAAUAGGUUCUGUGAGGCCGCCAUUGUGCACUACUCAACAUGAUGAGUGCUUUUGGAAAUCACGAGUUUGAUAAUGGAGUGGAGGGACUCAUGAGACCGUUUUUGGAGCAGAUCAAUUUUAUGGUUCUCAGCGCUAACAUCAAAACAGACAGAACUCUGGCUUCAACUUUUGGCAGCUCUUAUUUACCUCAUGAGAUCCUUACUGUUGGCAGCGAGAAGGUGGGAGUGAUUGGAUACACAACACAGGAGACUCCUGUAAUUUCUCAGCCUGACCACACCUGCAGUUCGAGAACGAGGUGACUGCUGUGCGGCUGCAGGUGGAGGAACUGCAGAAGCAGGGAGUCAAUAAGAUCAUCGCCCUGGGUCACGCAGGCAUUGAUGUGGAUAAGGAGAUCGCCAAGAAGGUCAGCG